AUGAUAAUAAAUGAAAAAUUUAUUCAUCAACUAGAUAUUACUGAUGCAUAUUUACAGCAAUUAGGAUUUGCUUUAGAUGUAGAUGAAUAAUAAAAUGGUAGUGGGUAAUAAAGAUAAAAUACUUAAAGAGAGUAGACUGCUCUUAAUGAUACAUUCACUGUUAAAAGCAAUACAAAUAAAGAUAAUCUAAGAAAAUAAAGUGAUAGUUUUUCUAAUGAUGUAUUAACUUAUAGUGGCCAAAUGCCGCCAAUCGUUCCUCAUUAAUCAAUACCUUCCCCUUAAAUUUCUUAGAAAUUAAGCAUGAAUAAAAAAAAGGAUGUUUAGGCAAAUGUUAAAUAACCUGAAAGCACUACUAUUUUACGAAAACUUAAAAGGGAAAACUCUUAGAAUAUUGAAAAAAGAAUUUAAUUCGUCUAAUCAUAAUUAAGUGAAUCUAAAGAAUUAAGAAAAAAUUCUAAACUUGAUAGCUGGAGAAGUAUUGAGUAAAAUCUAGGAAUUACAUCUAAUAAAAAAAUUUCUUAUACAAGUUAAGCUAGUGUAAGUUUGUAUAAGUAGAAAAGUUUAUAAAAAUAAAUUAGCCUUGCUGCUAGUCCUAGAAAAAAAAAGAAUUCUUCGAGUGUUGCAGGCACUUUAAAUUCCAGAACAUCUAAAGCUCAAUAUGUAAAUUCAAAUGAAAAUGAUGACAUGGUCAUAAUUAUGGAAGAAGCAGAAGAAAGAACAAUUGAAUAUUGUGAUUUUGAUCUUGAUAAGCAAUUCAUAAUGACAAUUUAUUUUCCGAUAUUUAACUAUGAUGGAAUAAUUAAAAAGAUUUAGUUUUAGUAUUAAUAAAAGUAAAUAUCCAUAAAAGCAAGUAUGAAGAAAUCAAAAACCUUACAAAGACUUAUGAACGAUGAUUGA